AUGGUGGGCGUAAUUUAAGGAAUAUAGCUUUCUACUGAAUAUUUAUUAAAGGUGAUCAAGAUGGCUACGUUUUCUCAGCAACUUUGGCUUAAGGCUCUGAUUCAUUUAUAGACUGUUGUUCGUCUUGUCUAGAGCACACAAUUGACCAUAGAGUUUUACUGCGAUAACUGUGCAAAAUGUUUAGCCUGCACAUGUCACAUAUGGAAGGAGGGACACCAGUAUAUGGCCAGUGCCAAAGGAAGUGGAUGAUUUUCUUCAGGAAUGUGACCUUCAUGAAGACAAACGUCUAGACUUUUUUGUUAUGACCACUGUCUGCUGUGCUGCAAUAAUUGUGCUUUCCUCAUUCACAGGUGACACUGAACAUGGCUGAAAAGUUGACUCUAUAAAGACAAGUUUUUUGAUGUUAGCAUCAUGGCAAGUUUAGCUGAUGGGUUUAAGGAGAAGGAACGGUUGAACUGGCUUAAGGCGUGGCUAGCAAUAGACAUUGCGAAGUCUGGCUUGGAGCACUUAGCUGACAACGAGGCUCAGACUUUUCACCAGCACAUUUACAGCCAAGUAACAUCUACUCUUAAGUCACAAUCAGCUACUUGCACCAGCUGUAACACAACAAAUUUACUGCGAAACCAAAAAUGUCCAAACCAGAUUUGUGAUAAAGUUUGCAAGGAAAUUAUCAAGGAACAUCGGUACAACAAAUGUUCUUGGAACAAUACAUCUGCACCAUUAUGGCAAACGCACUAUUGGGAAAUAGCGAAAUGUUUCAUCCAAACAGAUGGAUAUGCUGACAAGAUAUCGAUUCAAGAUACCGACUUCAACGGAGUCGUCAGUUUUAUGCUAAACUGCACACGCUUUGAUAGCAAGUUUUCUUUUCCAAUAACAAAGGGAAAGCCAACCCACAACAAUCCUGCAUGCCUCCUGUAUAAGGCUCGCGAAGUCCAUAAAGCAGUGCGGCACUCUUCAAUAAUGAAAGUCACUGAUGUCGAUCUCCAAGACUAUUUCACAUCAUUGAACAACCUGCUGAAUGAUUCAAGCUAUCUCAGUCAAGAUAACUUUGCCAAAAAUGCUGUGGUAAAAUUAGCCCAGUUGGAAAAAGACACAUUACUAUUGACUACAACAGAGAUGAUGUGUUUCCUGGAUGCUGUUGGAACAACUUUGAAACAACACUUGAAAGAUAUUGCAAAAGACGUUGUUGACGCAUCAGUGGAUGACCUUAGAGUAAACACAGCAUUCUGCAUUGAUAACAUUAGAGAUUUUACGAGAAAUUGUAAGCAAGAGCUCGCAAAACAGGCAGAUAUACAUAAACAGGAUAUCGAUGAACACGUCGACAGUAAAAAACAAGGCAUAGAUGAUCACACCGAAAGACACAAACAGGGCAUGGAUGAAAACGCUGAUAGACACAAACAGGGCAUGGAUAAACACGCCGAUAGACACAAACAGGGCAUGGAUGAACACGCUGGUAGACACAAACAGAGCAUGGAUGAAAACGCUGAUAAGCACAAACAGGGCAUGGAUGAACACGCUGAUAGACACAAACAGGGCAUGCAUGAAAACGCUGAUAGACACAAACAGGGCAUGGAUGAACACGCUGAUAUACACAAACAGGGCAUGGAUGAACACGCUGGUAGACACAAACAGGGCAUGGAUGAACACGCUGGCAGACACAAACAGGGCAUGGAUGAACACGCUGGUAGACACAAACAGAGCAUGGAUGAAAACGCUGAUAGACACAAACAGGGCAUGGAUGAACACGCUGUCAGACACAAACAGGGCAUGGAUGAAAACGCUGAUAGACACAAACAAGGCAUGGAUGAACACGCUGAUAGACACAAACAGGGCAUGGAUGAACACGCUGGUAGACACAAACAGAGCAUGGAUGAACACGCUGAUAGACACAAACAGGGCAUAGAUGAACACGUCAGUAGACACAAACAGUGCUUAGAUGAACAAGCAGAAAAAUGCAUUAAGGACAUCCAAGAACAGUUUGGAAAUACUACUUUCACUGAAACAACGUAUAAACAGUCCUGUAAAGACAUGCUUGGAGAUUUGACGAAGUAUUACAGGAAACGUUUCUCUCAUAUAAAUAUCUUCCCAUUGGAUGACUGGGCUGAGGAAAAGUUACUUGAUAUUUAUAUGCCGCCGAAUAUACAACUUAUGGCUAAGGAAAGAGGGUAUUUCAAGAAAACUGGUGAACAUAUUUUGAAAUACGAACAUAUUUUCUUAUCGGAUACCGAACCGAACCAACAGAUAUUUAUUCAAGGGGAAGCAGGUUAUGGGAAAUCAACUUUUCUUGCAAAAUUGGUAAUGGACUGGUGUACUAUAACAUCAGAACAAUCAGCCGAGACUACGCUGCCACUUGACGACAAUACCACUAGAUUCAGCUCUUAUACACAGAUGAGAUACACUAAUGUCUUUGACGAUUUAACGUCUCUGAAAGACUUUAAAUUUGUCUUCCAUGUAACAUUAAGGGAAUCAGUUAGUCAGUUUGAAAUCGAAAAAAUGAUACAAACACAGAUAGUUGACAGUAUAUACUCAUCUGAAAAAGAUCGCGGAAAGGCAUACAUACUACUAAAUGAGAUCAUGAAACGUGAACGUUGCUUGGUGUUACUGGAUGGUCUAGAUGAAUGGAUCGGCACUGGAGAUCAUCACAACCUGCCAACACUGGCCGACGUACACAGUCUUUGCGUUUUGUUGAUUACUACUCGACCUUGGAAGAUGACAGAAGCGAAAAUACUUGACUCGCAGAUUUGCAAACUGCUGCAACUUGAUGGAGUCAACAAAGUGUUUGAGGUGAGCAGAAAAAUCCUGGGGUGUAUGAAAGAGUUUAAAGGUAGCCAAGAUUUAGACAAAAAACAAUCUGAAUUUGAAUCGUAUGUACGGAAAUUUGGCUUGUUAAAGCAUUUGUACUCCCCAAUGAUGUUGUGUUUGAUUGUACACUCGUGGACCAAAGGAACUGAAUUGAACGGCUCUCUUUGUGAAAAAUACAGCCUCUUGCUGGAAUGUCUUUUUAAGAAGGUGAAUAUUGAAACGAGUGAAUUUCAAGAGCCGCCUUAUCGAUGUUUCACAGAGACCCAAAACAUACAACCCAAUAUUGAACACUUGAAUAGACUUGCUGAAGCGGCAUUUUAUUUGUUGUUUUCAGAUACACAGGAAAAAGCUCUGGUAUUCACCAUUACGGAACUAAAGAAAUUCAAUUUAGGCCAACUAGAUCAAGAUAACUUUGCACUGAAGUCCGGUAUUUUAUCUGCUACACGCAAGUCAUAUGCAUUAAGAUCGUCUUCUUCAUUUUCAUUUAUUCAUAAGAGCAUUCAGGAAUUCUUGGCUGCUUAUCAUAUUGCAUGCAAUACCAAUCUGAUUGAUGACGUCAUUUCCGGAUACCUCAACCGCCACAAGGAUGGAUAUCUGGGCAUAUCACAGGUGUUCAUCUUCCUCUGCGGACUGAACAUUUCGGCUGCAAAUAAGCUUUCUGGUAUGAUGGAUGAACACGAUGUUGGUUGUUUGCAACCAAUUAGGCUGGGAAUUUAUUCUAGUCUUCAAAACACCAUACUAGCAGGAUUCAGAGAAGCUGUUGCCAAUCAGCAAAAGGAUAUUGUACUCAAACUCAGUGUGUACUAUUUUAACGUUGAUAACGACAUGCAAGACCUGCACAACAUAUGGACAAAUAACAAGUCAAGUGUCCUGUCCAUGGUGGUAUAUUGUGACAGAGAGAGUUCAGCAACAAGAGGCGAGUCUGCGUCUCAAAUUGAGUUUGAUCUGUCCUCGUGCAUGAAGCUGAAAUCAUUGGUCCUUAAUGGAAAAGGCAUAUUGCUAAUUGAUUGUGCAAGUACGUCAACAGCAGAACAUCCGGUCGGGAUUGUUCUAAAAAGUGCAGAUCCAUUCCAGUGUGCAGAUCCUCCUCCAGUACUGCCCUCUAUAGAAGACAUUAAAAUGAGCAAUGUCACAUGUUCAUCCACCUUUCUACGCAGUCUGUUCAGCACGCUGCUGACUCUCGAUCACGUGGUGACGUGUGACCUGCCGAUGAUCUAUAUCGAAUGUGAAGAGGCAGCAGAAAGAGAAAUACGUGCAUUCAUAUAUAAAGAAUUAAACAAAUCCAUCACCAUACAAACCAAUAAUGUCAAUCCCCAUCUGUUUAAUGCUCUGCAUGGUCUAAAUAUCAAGGAUCUGAGUCUGAGUGUUUUGUGGGGAGGUUUUAACUUGCAACAUGUAGAAUUGCAGUCGCAGUCACUAUCAUCGCUAACACAGCUGGAAAAGCUUAGUAUUGAAGUUGGGUGUGACAAUCCCGGACUUUGGAAGGCUCUGUAUGGUCUGAAUAUCAAGAGUCUGAGUCUGAGUGGUUUCUGGGAAGGUUUGUGCGUGAAAAAUGUAGAGUCGAUGUCGCAGUCACUGUCAUCGCUAACACAGCUGGAGACGCUUAGUAUAGAAGUGAAGUAUGACAGUCCUUGGUUGUGGAAGGCUCUGCAUGGUCUGAAUAUCAAGAGUCUGAGUCUGCGUGGUUUCUGUGAAGGUUUGUGCAUGAAAAAUGUAGAAUUGCAGUCGAAGUCACUGUCAUCGCUCACACAACUGGAAACGCUUAGUAUUAAAGUGGAGUAUGACAGCCCCGGACUUUGGAAGGUUCUGUAUGGUCUGAAUAUCAAGAGUCUGAGUCUGCGUGGUUUCUGGGAAGGUUUGUGCGUGAAAAAUGUAGAGUCGCUGUCGCAGUCACUGUCAUCGCUAACACAGCUGGAGACGCUUAGUAUAGAAGUGAAGUAUGACAGUCCUUGUUUGUGGAUGGCUCUGCAUGGUCUGAAUAUCAAGAGUCUGAGUCUGCGUGGUUUCUGUGAAGGUUUGUGCAUGAAACAUGUAGAAUUGCAGUUGAAGUCACUGUCAUCGCUCACACAACUGGAAACGCUUAGUAUUAAAGUGGAGUAUGACAGCCCCGGACUUUGGAAGGCUCUGCAUGGUCUGAAUAUCAAGAGUCUGAGUCUGCGUGCUGAGUGGGGAGGUGUGAACGUGGAAAAUGUAGAAUUGCUGUCGCAGUCACUGUCAUCGCUAACACAGCUGGAAACGCUUAGUAUUGAAGUGCAGUAUGACAGUCCCGGACUGUUGAAGGCUGUGCAUGGUCUGAAUAUCAAGAGUCUGAGUCUGCGUGCUGAGUGGGGAGGUGUGAACGUAGAAAAUGUAGAAUUGCAGUCGCAGUCACUGCCAUCGCUAACACAGCUGGAAACGCUUAGUAUUAAAGUGGGGCUUGCCACUCCCGGUUUGUGGAAGGCUCUGCAUGGUUUGAAUAUUAAGAGUCUGAGUAUUUAUGAGAAAGGUUUGAACGCGGAUCAUGAUGAGCUGUUGUCGCAGGCUUUAGAAUCACUCACACAACUGGAAACGCUUACACUACAUGUGAAGACAUAUAAACAGCUAAAGCUGCCUCAAUCACUGAAGGAUUUAAAUAUAUAUUGUAAUGCCUUGCUUCCAUCCGAAGUUCUUGAACUGGUGGACACACUGCCUACACGUACUCAGAGAAUUGAAAGUAAUCUGAAAUUGUGUUGCUCUUUAGAGUUCUUAACUAUCGAAAACAUCCCACUUGAGGAAUACACUGCCAUCCAACAGGAACUGGAGACGCGGAAGAAUGUUACUGUGGAGAGAUUCAAAAUAUUACAUGGGAGACUUGAAACCAUUGUUUUUAUACAUUGCCAAUAACUCAACGUUUUGUCUUAUUUAACAAUGACUGAAAUCGUGCAUAGCAGCUUUAUAUAUCACUCAUGUUUAUCAACUAUGUAUUUAUGAAUUGUAUAUAAUGUAUAGUUGAAUCUUCAUCAGGUUCAUUUGUUUUCGUUUUUUUUCAAAAUAAUGCUUUACAUUGAUAAAUCUGUUUAAUAAAACACAGUUUUACUAUUGAAGCAAAACCACUUUUGAUUUAGAUUUUGCCUCUUUUUUAAUAAAUAUUACGGGCGUAUUGAGCGUAUUGACAAGGUUUUGGGCACCAAGCUGCACGGAUCUGAAAUUAUAGUAAUUAUUUUGAAGAAGCGGUAUUGUUUAAUAAUACCUUUUAUCUUUUGACCGGUGUAUGUUCUCUAUGUGGAAAAUUACAAUUUUGAUAAAAACAAAAACACGACAGUCACGGUUUUGGAAACGUAAAUCUAAAAGGAAGCAGGUUUUCGCAAUGUGAGAUAAUAAAAAAAAAAUAAUUGAUGUGUGUGCCCUCACAUAAUCAAAACAGAUGCCCGAAAACGACUGCAGUGUUUUGACAGACAAAAUGAACACCAUAAAUAAAGACUUUAAAACUACAGUACAAACAAAAUGAAUGGUGUAAUUUAUUUAAAAAGUACAAAGAAAUGCUAUAAUUACGUAUACCUUUACCAUAUUUACACAUGUAUAUAUUAGCUCUAACGAAAUUCACGCCGU